UAGCGACCCGCUGUAGGUGGCGCCAUUACACAUUCAGCACAACUCACGACAUGGCGACGUAAAUAACAGGUAGACCAUAUUUUUUUUGUUAGAAAAGCGUUUAUUUUAGAUACACGGACUAGUGUUUUGUUUUUUCACGUCUACGACACAGUGUGUUAUCGCAGUCUGAACUGUAAAUGACGUCUGAAGUCCAUAUUCGGUCGCUGUGAGGGUCUAAAGCAAAGGCUAGUUCCACUGAGGUACGGGGUUUACUGUUUCAGCGCACGCAGUAAUGUAAAUAAGGAGGAACUGUUUAUCUCAGAAAGCAGCACUUUAAAGUGUGUACCUGAAAGAAAGCAACUGUUUAAACGCAGCUCAAAACAGCUGUUUAAGCGCUUAACAAUGCCCGAGCUCAGUGGUAAAUACUCGGAGGCCAGUAGCCCGAGAAAGCGCCGCCGGAGCCGCUCGAGCAGCGGAAGUGCGCGGAGUCGCUCGCGGGAGCGUGGCUCCAGUCCUGCGGCCGAUAACCACAGACACAACGGGACAGAUGAGCGGAAGUGGUCCGAUAGCAAAGAGAGGAGUCGGAACCGCUUCCGGGUUGGCGGCUCGCGCAGUCGGUCCAGAUCGAGAGAACGCGAGAAGUUGGCCUGGGCUGAUGAGCGGGACCGGGGACACUAUGCGGGGUCGCGAUCCGAUUACUACGACAAGAGAGACGAUAUCCAAAGGCAAAGACAAGAAGCCUUCAUUGCUAGGCGCUUGCAAGAGCGAGAGAGAAUCGGUGAGCUGGGAUGUCCUGAGGUCUGGGGCUAUUCACCAAGAGUCCGAGACCCCGACUCAGAUGAACACACUCCAGUUGAAGAGGAUGUGAAGAACAGCAGCUCUGAGACAAGUUCAGAAGAGGAAAAGAAGAAAAAGAAAAAGAAACGAAAAUCAAAAAAAAAGAAAACCCGCAAGCAUUCAGAGGACACAGAAUCAGAAAGUGACUCAGAAGAAGAGGUCAAGAAGAAGAAGAAAAAGAAGAAAAGUAAAAAGAAGAAGUCAAAGAAAAAGAAGGCCAAAAAGAGCCGCAAAGAGUCAAGCAGUUCCAGCAGUGAUCAGUCCGCAGAGGAAGAUGAUGAUCUCGGAGAACUGUGGGUGGAGAAAACUCGUCUUGAGGAUCAUGUGGUUGGACCUGAGGCUCCUCUCACUCACAUGGCCCAGGAUGAUAAACCAUUAGAUUUUGGCCAUGCUCUGUUACCCGGUGAAGGUGCUGCCAUGGCGGAGUACGUAAAAGCAGGCAAGCGUAUUCCAAGGAGAGGUGAAAUUGGCCUUACCAGUGAAGAGAUUGCUGACUUUGAGAAAUCAGGCUAUGUGAUGAGUGGAAGCAGACAUCGGCGUAUGGAGGCUGUGCGUCUGAGAAAGGAAAACCAGAUCUACAGUGCUGAUGAAAAGAGAGCCCUUGCCUCUUUCAACCAGGAAGAAAGAAGAAAGAGGGAAAGUAAAAUCCUUUCCAGUUUCAGGGAAAUGGUGUACAGAAAGACGAAAGGAAAAGAAGAGAAGUAAAAUGUUAAACACAGUGCUAAAAUGCCAGCCCUGGGUUUCAGUGUAUUAUAAUUUAGUAGGAAUAGUUGAAAAUUCAUGCUUCUAUCUUGUCUUAGUUCUUACUGUGCAAUUUCUUUGUGUUGGAAUUCAUUUAUCAACCUUUUGCUGUUUUAUUUUUUUUCCUCUCAAAUAAAAAAAGCUUUGAUUCUGAA